CCAGAGGCUCCGCGGGUUACACUUUUCUCGCCUGCAACUGAGCACCGAAAACCAUGAGAACAAAGAGCGAAAACCUUGGAGAUGCGCUGAAAUCACUUUUAAUUGUAUUCUGCCUUGUAUUUUGCGCUUUUUCAAUACGCGUCCACGGCCAAGAGGGUGAUGGCUGUGGAUAUACAGUACUGGGCACAGAGUCUGGCACCUUAGCCUCAGAGAACUACCCGGGCACAUAUCCCAGUAACACCCGGUGCACGUGGAAGCUUCGCGUCCCAGAAGGGCGCACGUUGCGACUUCUUUUUGGGGAUUUUGACAUCGAAAGUAGUCCCGGUUGCAGUAAUGGCUCCCUCGUCAUCACAGAUAAAUAUGGGCAUCCCGGUCUAGGACCGGUUUGUGGGAGACUAAAUGCACCACAAAAGAAUAUGACACUCGCAAGCAACGAAGUGACAAUAAUCUUCAAGUCGGGGUCACAUCGGUCCGGACGGGGCUUUCUACUGUCCUACGCCACAGACCUUUAUCCUGAUAUGGUCUCUUGUUUACAACGAGGGUCUCAUUUUAGCUUGCCACACGUGAGAGUGUACUGCCCUGCCGGCUGUAAAAAUGUGCCUGGAGACAUAUGGGGAGGUCCCGAUCAGGGCUACCGAGAUACAUCGGUGCUGUGUAAGUCCGCUGUGCAUGCCGGCGCAACGUCCGACCAGCUCGGAGGUCGUGUGAGCGUGAGCCGUGAGAGGAGCCUGACGCUUUACGAGUCCACUUUUUCCAACGGGAUCCUUUCUAAAACGGGCUCAUUAUCUGACAAGAAACUGGUGUUCACUCAAGAUUGUAAUAACAUCCUGACGGUGUAUGGUUUAAACGCCUCAUCUUUUGGUGACAAAGAAGACAAACUGUCCUGGUCCGCCAAGAAUGUGCAUUCUGGACACGAGGGGCUCGUCUGGACCGCAGGCUGGAACGAUUCAUCGCCCUGGGUGGAUCUUCGACUCGCUGAUAAAAGCUCUAUCACAGGAGUGAUCACAAUCGGAUCGAGCGAGAACCACGUCAAAUCCUACUCGCUGCUCUUUAGCAGAGACAGGACGAACUGGAAAGUUUACAAAGACGCUGUCAGCAAAGAAGAAAAGGCUAAAUCAAGCAGCUUUCUCUCUCUUCCAAGGUGUUUGAGGCCUUUGCCGACGAUCACCCGAGGGUGCUCAACAGCCUGUUUCCUCCGGCCGUGGCUCGCUUCGUCCGUGUGCGGCCUCAGCGCCGGCACGGCCGAGGUUCGGUUCAACUCCAAAUCCUGGGCUGCCCUGUCAAAGUCACGCCAAGAUCUCGCUCAACUGAGAGUAGAAUCUCCGUCCGGCAAAGCUAACACGGCGACUCCAAAAACAUCUCCCACGACUACGGAACGUCCCGUUUUGGUGGAAUCCAAGCAGAGAUCCAGUCAACCAGUCAUCGUUGCAGUAGGAGUGGUCCUGGGACUAAUCAUGUGCUUCUGUUGUUUGUUGGCUGGAGUCUGGUGGAAGAGAAGGAAAAAGGCAACCCAAUUGAAAUACUCCGUGCCAAUAACAGGUUGCCAAAGUUUCCAGGAGAAGACUCUGCCGUGUCCUCCAUCAGAGCUCAUCUCAUACCCUCUGGAGCGGAAUAUCCACGACAACCUACCGAGCCCCCCACGCAAUGACUACGCCCAACCCGCUACUGGACAGAAGGUGGGCUCUACAUUUCGCCCCUCUUCAGACGAGGCCUACACCAUCCCUUUCACGUUCGUCCACUACGACUCCCCUGGGAACCUGCCGGAGUACGCAGAGCCGCUUCCGCCGGAGCCCGAAUACGCCACACCGUUCGGCGAGCAAGACUGCGCACCCACAGCAGGGGGCACUCACAGCAGCGCACGCGGGCACCCGCUGGCGGCAUCUCUCGACUCGCCAGGGAGCUACGAGUGCCCCUCCCAUAGGAUGCUGGACAAUGGCUACUGUACUCCCGCCCUCCACACCAACGCACCACGACCUGCAAGCGUUGUCUAUGCCGAGCCGAAGUCAUGUUACUCUUUACUACAGCAGUACGAGGAACAUUUGUGACGCCAACUCACAUGAACCGGGAUGGACUGUGUUGUCCGAGAUGGGCCAAAGCUGACACAGAAGAUUCGCCAGUGACAUAAGAACCCAAAAGUGGAUCACAACGGUCACGUGGGAGCCGUCACAUACUACUGUGUAUUCUGAAAGGAGAACAAAUCCACAAUGUUGCACAAAGAAAACAUGACUCCUUCAAAAUCUCAUUAUGUAUUUUGUUUAAUGAUUAAAUCAUUGUUUUGGUCACAAGCUGCACUUUCAGAAAACUGUUUUACAGUAAAACAACAAAAUACACGUGAGAAUGCAUGCAUGAGUAUUUACAGUCACUUUUUCUUCCAACUGUGAUGCACUGGGAAUGACAUCGUAGCCAAAUACUGUAGUGGCUCGAAUGAGCUCUUAACAUUGAACAGGUAGACCGGACAAUUGUUUUUACAGUACUAAGUGCAAGAUGCUAAUAAAAGAAUAUUUUAUGACACAAAGGCACAAUGGACAUGUUGAGAUUCUACAUUGUAUCUGUGCAGAAGGGGAAAAAAAACUAAAUACUGUACUUUUUUUUUUCUUACAUUAGUGCACAAAAAAUGUCUGUCCCACGCACCAACCUUUAUGGUGCGGCAGUUAUCUUAAAUUCAAGAUUCAUGUUAACAUUUAAUAAAUAAAUUGUGCUUUUUUGUGUUAAUUACCGUUUUAACUUUUUUAUAAUGCAACUAUUGGUUGCAUAAAAAAGGUGUCUUGAUUGAAGGUCUUUGAAGUGUCAUUUUGAGAAUAGAAAAGAAAAUUCACUUGUAAGGCACAACAAACUAUUUUACAUGUGAACACAGCUCAUCAAUAAAUCCAUCACGGGUCACAACUUUCGGUACAACAUGGGUUUUAAACCACUUUUGACAACGAUGUGAUGCUGCUCUACAAACAAAAACAUCAUAUGGAAACAGAAUUGAUGUCAGUAGAUUGAGCUAGUCGUGUAACUAACAAUGUCCUCUGAGCAUUCGGUAUUCUUGCUGAUACUGAGCAGUGACCAAGACAGCUAAAGCUACUCGCAUCUCAUAUUUGAAGAAAAAAUAAAGCUAUUACAGGAGGCAACAGUGGAACCUCCAAAGUCACCAGAAAAUCUUGGUUGUAAUCCACAUCUUGAAAUCAUUCAUGAGCAAACAGGUGCAGAAAAAUUGGCAGAACACUCAUAAAACUAAAUCCAAGUAAAAUGACUCACUUCUUGAUGACACAUAAAUGAGACGGAAGAUAAAAGGUGUGGUGGGGUACUGUCACCUCCAGGUCAAAUUGUAACCAGUUUGUGUCCUAAGAACACAUACUGGGUUAUAUAGGGCUGUUUUAUUGGCAUGCACGGUUGAAGGUGUAUCUCUAUCAUUAGCAAAGGCACAUACUUAACAUAAGACAAAUUGAAGGCACACAAGUUGCAUUAAUUGCUCUUCAAUACGUCACUGGCAUAGAUAAGAUGAAGAAAGACGUGACUUGUCGACCAAAUGAUUACUGGACUACUUAGGCAAAACUAGAUCAUUUCUGGCAGCGCACUUGAUAAUCCCUCUUUGUGCAGCGA